CACUUUCACACGCGACGGGAGUUUUUACGACAGUCGUUGUCACAUCUUGCGCCUGGUGGGAGAAUAGCACUUGCAGACAUAUGUUUCCCGACGACUCGGAAGACCAUGAGCCUCAGGACGAGGGUUCUGCUGGAGAUUCUAAAUAUGAUACCCAAGGAGAACAUAGUUUCGCUCGAGGAAUACGAGGCGGACAUGCGAAAUAUGGGUUACGUGGAUGUUAAAUUAGAGGACAUCAGCGACGAGGUGUUUCCUGGGUUUGUACGCUUUCUGAAGAGGCGUGGGUGGGGCUGGCGGAUAUUUGGGAGAGUGGUGACGGAAAUUGCGGGCCGGGCUCGAUUUGUAGUAGUGAGUGGCUGUGCAGGAGCAUUGUAGGCUUGUUCUUGUCCAUGAACGAUGACGGCGAUUCAACAAGUGUCGAUUGUUGACCUCCAGGAGCGUUCUGAACCAAAGCGACAUACUGUCUAUCGAAUCGAAAUAAAGGCUCACAUUCAGUCAUGGACCAUGUGGCGCCGUUACUCAGAAUUCGACGACCUCCACACUGAUCUCGUCCAGGCAACAGGCUUGCCCCCGCCAGCUCCCUUGCCCCCAAAGCACAAAUUCUCCCUUUUUCGCUCCCGUACCGACUCCCAGCUUCUCACUCAGCGCCGUGCUGGUCUUGAGACCUACCUACGCGCCAUUAUCAGUGCCAAAGAUGACCAAUGGCGCGAGACCUACCCCUUCAAACAGUUCCUUGGAAUCCCCAUCGGCAAGGCGGCAGCCGUCAAGAAUGCUCCCACCCAUUUCUCUUCAGCCUCUUGGUUAGACGAGUAUCAAGAAAUACAGACGCGUCUCCGCGACGUCAGGGCCGACAUAAACCGCCGUGAGGCGUUCUCCACCCAGGGCGACGUCAAUGCCUCACACAAGUCCAACGUCAGUGCCAAGCAGAAACUCGCAGGAGUCUUGGCCCGUAUUGGCACGCUCGGAAAAGGGCUUCAGGAGCUUGCAGUGGGUGGCAUGAGUCAAGGCGAGUUGCAGAGACGGACGGACAUGGUUGCUCGGCUUCAGGAUGACUGUGAGAAGCUGGGAAAGAUGGUUACCGUCGCUCGAAUGACGUCGGCCCGAAGCGGCGGUGGUGAUGCUGCACCCACAACUAACCUAGCACCCUCCACUGACCGUGAGGCGCUUCUCGGUCCCGCUUCUAAUACGUUCACAAGGGUGACAAGAGUAUUCGGUGCACCCUCGGUACCUCAGGAGACAGAGGAGACCAGGCCACUCGAUAAUCAUGGUCUUUUGGGUUUCCAGCAAACCCAGAUUGAGCAACAGGACCAGCAGCUGUCCAUUUUAACGACAGUCCUACAACGACAGCGGCAUUUGGGGGAGGCCAUUGGAGCUGAGAUAGCCUACCAGAACGACAUGCUAGAUGGACUGUCAAACGACGUAGAUCGAGUAGGAGGCAAACUUUUGUCGGCAAAUAGACAGCUGGGCAGGCUCGGUUAGACGGUCGUACGAAUUUAUAACAUAUCUGCAUUCCCUUGGUUUUCAUGUCUGUAUGUAGUACUAGUGUGUGU